CUGCCACCAACUCAGUUGAAUACAUGGAGUAGAAGCUCUCGUGGCAGAGAGCAGGAAGCAGAACACGGCAGGUGUCUCAAAUCCAAGUGGCCCCUGCACCAAUUGUUAGUAGAGAGAGAAUCUAACACUGCGAGUCCAGAUUUGGUGAUCGAAGUGCGGCUGUGAGCCUCCCUCCUCCCGCCAUUUAUAUAAGAGCUCACUCCUCCAGUUGUCUGCAACUAUAGAAGUGGAAGUUAAGGUGUGACUAGAGAGAAAGAGAGAUGGGUCGAGGACGAGCGCCCUGCUGCGCGAAGGUCGGCCUGAACAGGGGUUCAUGGACGCAGGAAGAGGACCUGAGACUGAUUGCCUACAUCCAGAGGCACGGGCACGGGAAUUGGCGUGCUCUUCCUAAACUUGCAGGCCUGCUGCGAUGCGGGAAGAGCUGCCGCUUGAGGUGGAUCAACUACCUUCGCCCCGACAUCAAGCGCGGUAACUUCACAAAGGAAGAAGAAGAUACCAUAAUUAAUCUACACAAGUUGCUGGGAAACAAGUGGUCGAAGAUUGCGUCCUGCCUGCCGGGAAGAACAGACAACGAGAUCAAGAACGUGUGGAACACGCACUUGAAGAAGAGGUUGGCAUCCGAAGAGCGGAGAUCGAUGUCGGUCGACAAACCAGACGACUCUCAGAGCUCAUCUUCCUCGAGCACGUACCUCUCGUGCUAUGCUCAUGUGGAGAAAGAUGAUCCAAGUUUAGACUUAGCUGAUCUGUCAAUCGAAAUGUUUGAGCUCCCAAUGGAUAUAUGGGGGUCGCCACAGCAGGAGGAUGGCACAGGAGACGAGAGCUCCAAAGUUUCUCCUUGCUCUUCUUCAUCAGAUGCCAUGAAAGAUUUCUUAGUGACACCUGACGCGGUGAUCCAGCUGGAAUCUCUGAGUCCAUGGCAGGAGGAGGCGGCGGCCAUGGCGGAGCUGACUCAGAGGAAUUCAGUAGAGGCGGCGGAAGGAGAAGACAAGAGCUUGGAAUGGCUGGAAUACUUGGAGAAGGAGCUCGGCUUAUGUGGAGCAAGCGAGGAGAUGAAUCAAGGGAGCUUCGUGAGGGAUGCAGCCGAGCAAACGGAGAUGGAGGAAGAUCCAGUGUCGAGUUAUUUCCAGAAGGAGCUGACUUCCACAUACCCUCUUGACUUGAGAUUAUCUUAGUACCUUAACGCCGAAAGCGUCUCCAUGCAUUGUCACAGAGUGGAGAUCUGUUUGCCACUGCUAUACUCUACUAAAAGACAUUAGCAGCUCGUCAUUUCGAGGAUAAAGAUACAUGU